GCUCAGAGCAGCUGGCCACUCAAGGGGUUGGCACCUCCGGCUAAGGCUUGGGCCAUCAGUGUAGACCCCCAGAUCCGUGACUCCAGUCCUCCUUCUUACUCAGCUUCAACAUGUUCAGGGGCAAGGACAGGGUGGCUGGCAGAAGUUCAUCUGGGGCUGUGAGCUUCUGUGUGGGCUCCAUGGGACAGCUGUGGGCCAGGCUGGUCCCCCUCCUUCUGCUCCUGCUCCGAGGGCAAGGCGCAGAAGCGUGCAGUACCAGUGGGUGCUGUUUUCAGGACCCGCCGUAUCCGGAUGCAGGCGCAGGCUCGGCUUCAGGCCCCAGGGACCUGAACUGCUACCGGAUAGUCAGUGCUGGUUAUGAAUGCUCCUGGCAGUAUGAGGGCCCCACGACUGGGGUCAGCCACUUCCUGAGGUGCUGCCUCAGGUCCGGGCGCUGCUGCUACUUUGCCGCGGGCUCAGCCACCAGCCUGCGGUUCUCUGACCAGGACGGCGUAGCUGUGCUCCAAGCCGUCACGCUCUGGGUGGAAUCUCGAGCUGAGAACCGGACACAGAAGUCCCCUAAGAUCACCCUGAAGCUUCAUAGUGCAGUUAAAUACGACCCCCCGCUGGUUGGAGACGUCACUGUGUCUAGGUCUUCAGGGCAGGUGCUCUUGAAGUGGGAGAACCCAGCCCGCCAGGAUGGCGCCGAGGUGCAGUUCCGGCACCGGACAUCCAGCAGCCUGUGGGAGUUGGGCAACUGCGGACCUCAGGAGGAUGCUGGCUUCGAGUCCUGCCUCUGCCCCCUGCGGAUGGACGCAGCCCAGGAAUUCCAGCUCCGCAGGAGGCGACUCAGGCCAGCAGCCCCAGGAGACCCAGGAGACCCCUGGAGCAGCUGGAGCAGCCCCGUGUGUGUCCCCCCUGAACAUCUUCCACAACCCAGCUUGAGGUUCUCUGUGGAGGCGCUCCGUCCCAAUGGGAGGAGGCAGGUGACCCUGCACGGGCAGCUGCCCCAAGUUGAGCUUCCAGAAGGCUGCCUCGGAUCCAACUCUGGCGGGGAGGUGACCUACCGUGCCCGCCUGCACAUGCUAUCCUGCUCGUGUAAGAUCAAGUCGACAAUGAACUUUCAGCUGAAGAAACCACUCGACCUCUCUGGUGCGGCCUAUGACCUGGCUGUCAUCUCUCAGAAUCGCUUCGGCCCCGGCCCCAACCAGACAUGGCACAUUCCUGCCCACACCCAUACAGAACCAAGGGCUCUGAAUAUCAGUGUUGGAGCCAAUGGGACCUCCAUGCACUGGCCAGCCCAGGCCAGGGCCAAGGCAUAUUGCAUUGAGUGGCAGGCCCAAGACCAGGACAGGAACCUCACCAACUGCACCCUGACUCCGUCCCAGGACCAGGACCCUACAGGAAUGGCAACCUACAGCUGGAGUAGAGGAUCUGGGGCAAUGGAGCAGAAGGUAUGUUACCACAUCACGAUCUUCGCCUCUCCACGUCCAGAGAAGCCCAUCUCGUGGUCCACAGUCUUGUCCACCUACCACUUCGGGGGCAAUGCCUCGGGGGCAGGACGCCCACAACACGUGUCAGUGAAGAAGCUCAGCCAGGGCUCCGUGAACGUGGACUGGACGCCGUCCCCGCUGAGCGCUUGCCCCGGUGUCCUGAAGGAGUACGUCGUGCGCUGUGAGGAUGAGGAAGGCAGCCUUGUCUCUGAGCUGCCUGUGAAGCCCACAGAGACCCAGGUCACCCUUGAUGGCCUUCGGGCUGGGACAGCCUACACCGUGCAGGUUCGAGCGGACACUGUGAUGCUGCAGGGUGCCUGGAGCAGGCCCCAGCCAUUCAGCAUCGAAGCCCAGGUUUCCCGGUUGUUCGAUUUGUCCGUACUCCUCGUGUCUCUGGGGAGCUUCGCCAGCAUCCUUCUCCUGGGCGUCUUUGGGUACCUCUGCCUGAACAGGGCUGCGCGGUACCUGUGCCCGCCCCUGCCCACACCUUGCGCCAGCACUGUGAUCGAGUUCCCUAGCAGCCAGGGAAAGCAGGCUUGGCAGUGGACAAGCCCGGCAGACUUCCCGGAGGAGGUGUCCCCAAAAGAGGCCUUGGUGGUGAACAUGUCCUGGGAAAAAGGUGACGGAACUGACCUGGACACACCCAUGCAUCUCAAGGAGAAGACAGAGCUACUUCGGGACACUCCUGAGCUGACCUUGGACACAGAGCUCCCGUUGGAGGACAGGAGACAGGUGCAAGGCCAUCCUGAGCCUCGGGCUCUGGGGCCAGGCAGGCAGGAAGGUCUGGAGGGCAACCUUGCCCAGGGGGUUGGACUCUCACUGCCCUUGGGAGACCUAAUACAGACCCCCAUAAUCAGUGGCCCUUUGAACAUGGACUUGGAGGCCUGAGUGAGAGAGACGAAAGCCGGCCUUGACCUUCAGACAGGAAGACUGAAGGUGGCCGGUUAUUAAGCAAACAUUGCAUACCCAGUCUGUUCUGUCUAGACACACCCAUGAUGUCCUGAUUCCCCAUAACCACCUCGAGAGGUACAUGGCUAUUCUAGUUUACAGAGAUGACCACUAAGGGUCAGAGAGAGCAAGGGUCAGAGAGAGCCAGAAGCUACCCAGCACAGGCAGGAGUCAAACCUGGGCAGAGAGAUCCAGACCCCAUUUCCGGUCCCGGCCCCUCCCCUCCUGCCAACACAGGUUGCACCACGUCCUGUGGCGGGAACCCUAGGAACCACCAAGAAAAGGAAGCUGCCACACCCCAUGAAACCCAUGGGGAAGGGACAGAAUUUUUCAGGGUAGACUAGAUUGGAGGGGGGCCCAUAGGACACUAAGCUGGACGUGUGUCCCAGGAGCACUUGAUGGGGAGUCUGGGCCCAGAACUCCAGCAGCACUGCAGGCUCCAGGCUCGGAAGAUCUAGUCGUUGGAAAACAAGGGCAGCCCUAAGCAUUCUGAGGGAGGCGAUGGUUUCCUGCUUAGCCUUAGUCUCCUCCCCUCUAGAAUGGGGGUGAGGAUAAUAUUGAACUCACAGGUCUAUUGAGGGGGUGUACGGCUUAAUAAAUGAGCCUUCUGUUGGGUAACGUUCCCCUGGCUGAAGCCUGCGUGUCAUGCUCAAAAUCCCCCAGUAGGGGAGUUCAUUCAUUCUCCACACGCAUUUACCCAUCUCUCCCUCUGGGCGCCCCCAGGAGCACCCGGAUUGGGGGGAGACAGAAUGAUGAUCACUCGGCAGAGUCAGGACUGGGCAAGGGGAGGGGCGACUCGAGGGGGAGUAGGAUUUGGCUCCCUCAAAACAUGAGACUUGGUUCAUUCCCCCAGUUCCGCCGGCUCCCCCCCCCCAACUCCGCCCCGUUUGGGGGUCGAUCCGCCCUCCACCCAGGGCUCAGGUCAGGAAUCGGGGUUCCCCCUUUCUCCUGACACCCAACGGCCCACAGCAGGAACGCGUGCCUGCCCCCCCGCCGUUCACACCCUGAAUCCCCCCUCUUCCUUUCCCCUCCUGCCCAGAGCUUCUCCCAUUGUUAAACGAGGCGUCUCGGAUUCCCCUGGUGGCCACCAGGUGGCAACAGCAGCACGUGUCUCUCUGGUCUAGCGGGGACGUGGGGGCACACCGCCUUCCCCGCCCCUUUCAGCCCGCUAGGAGUUUGCAAAACAGACUUUUCCGGUGUUAAGUGGGGAAGGGAGUGGGGGGGUGGAGAUUAGAACCCAGAGCCACUGAAUUUUUUGGCAAAAGGACCUGAAGCCUCUGGGUGAGAGCGGUCUGGCCCCACAGGCUGGGAGACUAGUGGUCCAGGCCCCGCCCCUUUGGGGGGCCCCCAUUUGUGCAUCUAGAUGGGGACACAGAAGCCUUGGCCUCGUGCUCCAACCACGAGUGACUGCUCCUUGUUCCGCGCAUGCUCCCUCCCUUGAAUUUGCCACCUCCCCGUCUGGCAGGCCUUCCCGUGUGAAUCAGUUCUCAUUCUUAGGUGGCAGGACCGAGUGGGCAGACAGGAAGGGAUGCUGGGUCAGCGCCCUCACAGAAGAAAACCAGAGGGAUCUGAGCCCCGGGCUCAGAACUACCCCUUCAAGACCAGGGCCCCACACCCACCCCUACUGCUCCUGUGCUCCUCACUGCUCACGGCCACCAGCAGGUGCCCCCCCCCCCCCGCCCCGGGAUGCCCAUUGAGGAACG